AUGGUUCACACCAAACCAACCACCCUCCUGGCCCUAACCGGCCUAGCUGCCACGGCUACAGCCUACAAGCAUACAUGGAGGGACCACAUGAAGUGCGCAGCUGCUGUAGCCCAGGACGCAGACUACCCAACCUGCACCUCACCCUCCAAGUUCCACUGCUUCUGCGCGCAGCCAUUCGAUCCGAGCAAAAUAAGCAGUGCAGCAAGGGAUGUGUGCGAGGGAUUUGAAAUCCCAACGGAGUCUAUACACAAGUUCAUCUGCGACGACGACGGCCACUGGGGUGCUGACGAUGUGUAUGAUCAUGACCACGACUACCACCGUAACUGCCAUCAUGCCUUUACCUACAACUACGACGAUGACGAUGACGACGACAGAGACGGAUACGGAUAUCGCAUCUCGCAUCCCCACCGCCUCAGCCACCCCAACAUGCGCGUUGCCACUCCGGAGAGUGAGACCAGUUCCUCAAACACAGCUAAACAUAACCCCAACGUCCAGAGCAAGAGGGCGUACGCGCCAGGUCUGUCCCCUUCUGCCUCCUCCUCGGCCGCGGCCCACCGCGCCCUUGUCACGGAGGUCUCGCCCGUCCCUGACGAAGAGAGUGACUACGACGAUGCGAGCGAGCACGGGAGCAGAGUCAUCACGGAGAUCCUCACGCAUACAUCGUGCGACUGUUCGUCGUCGACGGUAGCGGCUGCGACAGGCAGCAUGUCGAGUCGACCGGCGUAUGUUCAUCAGAGCGCGGUGCCUGUUUCAUCUUCGUCGAGUCGACCGGCGCACCUUCACCAGACUGUGGUCCCUAUUUCUUCGUCGUCGACGCAUGCGCACGUCCAUCAGACCGCAAUUCCUGUUUCAUCUUCGUCGAGCCGACCGGCGCACCUUCACCAGGCCAUGGUACCUAUUGCAUCUCCGUCGUCAUCGCACAUGCAUGUUCACCAGACAGAAAUUCCUGUUGCAUCUUCAUCGACGCACGCGCAUGUUUAUCAGAUCGUGGUCCCCGUUUCUUCAUCGUCGACGCACAUGUACCUCCAUGAGAGCGCGAUUCCAGAGCCAACUUCGUCAUUAGCACAUGCGCAUGUUCAUCAGGCUGUGGUCCCUGUUGCAUCAUCCUUGUCGAGCCAACCGGCGCACCUUCACCAGGCUGUGAUUCCCGUUCCCUCAUCGUCGGCAUCGGCGUCGAGUACACUGGCUAGAUCGCAUGAGCAUGCGCAUGUCCAUGGACCAGCGUCAGUGUACGUGUCCGUGCCUGUGUCCGUCCCUGCGCCUACUGGCGUUGAUGCCCAGCGGAGUGGGUAUCCCAGUCAUCACAAGGCGAUGGCGUCGUCUUUUGUGGUGGCUUCGGCGACUCCUUCACCCUCCCCCUCGGCGAUGACUUCGGUGGUUGUGCUUGGGUUGACUGCGUUGAUGGCGUUUUUCAUGUGA